AGCGCGUGGAAGCUACUUCGAGCCGCGCGCGCGCGUCCGCUCGGUCCAGGUCCCGGCGGCUGCGGCGGCACGCGGCGCUCGCGGGCCAUGUCCUGGCUCUUCGGCAUCAAGGGCCCCAAGGGCGAAGGCGAGGGACCCCCGCUGUCCCUGCCGCCCGUGCAGCCUGGGGCUGAGGGAGGCGGGGACCGCGGCGCGGGAGACCGGCCGGCGCCCAAGGACAAAUGGAGCAACUUCGACCCGACGGGCCUGGAGCGCGCGGCCAAGGCGGCGCGCGAGCUGGAGCACUCGCGGCACGCCAAGGAGGCGCUGAGCCUGGCCCAGAUGCAGGAGCAGACGCUGCAGCUGGAGCAGCAGUCCAAGCUCAAAGAGUACGAGGCCGCCGUGGAGCAGCUGAAGAGCGAGCAGAUCCGCGUGCAGGCCGAGGAGCGCAGGAAGACGCUGAGCGAGGAGACGCGGCAGCACCAGGCCAGGGCCCAGUACCAGGACAAGCUGGCCCGGCAGCGCUAUGACGACCAGCUGAGGCAGCAGCAACUUCUCAACGAGGAGAAUCUGCGGAAGCAGGAGGAGUCGGUGCAGAAGCAGGAGGCCAUGAGGCGAGCCACCGUGGAGCGGGAGAUGGAGCUGCGGCACAAGAACGAGAUGCUGCGGGUGGAGGCCGAGGCGCGGGCCCGGGCCAAGGCCGAGCGUGAGAACGCGGACAUCAUCCGGGAGCAGAUCCGCCUGCGGGCCGCCGAGCGCCGCCAGACCAUCCUGGAGUCCAUCAGGACGGCGGGCACCCUGUUUGGCGAAGGGUUCCGGGGCUUUGUGACCGACUGGGACAAGGUGACAGCCACGGUGGCCGGGCUGACGCUGCUGGCUGUCGGCAUCUACUCCGCCAAGAACGCCACGCUGGUGGCCGGGCGGUACAUCGAGGCGCGGCUGGGGAAGCCGUCCCUGGUGCGGGAGACCUCCCGCAUCUCACUGCUGGAGGCGCUGCAGCACCCCCUGCAGGUCAGCAGGCGGCUGCUCAGCAAGCCUCAGGACGCGCUGGAGGGCGUGGUCCUCAGUCCCAGCCUGGAGGCCCGAGUGCGGGACAUCGCCAUAGCGACGCGGAACACCAAGAAGAACCACAGCCUGUACAGGAACGUGCUGAUGUACGGGCCGCCCGGGACGGGCAAGACGCUGUUUGCCAAGAAAUUGGCGCUGCACUCAGGCAUGGACUACGCCAUCAUGACGGGCGGGGACGUGGCCCCCAUGGGGCGGGACGGCGUGACAGCGGUGCACAAGGUCUUCGACUGGGCCAGCACCAGCCGGCGAGGCCUCCUCCUGUUCGUGGACGAAGCGGAUGCCUUCCUCAGGAAGCGAGCCACCGAGAAGAUCAGCGAGGACCUCAGGGCGACCCUGAACGCCUUCCUGCACCGCACGGGCCAGCACAGCAGCAAGUUCAUGCUGGUCCUGGCCAGCAACCAGCCCGAGCAGUUCGACUGGGCCAUCAACGACCGCAUCGACGAGAUGGUCAACUUCGAGCUGCCGCAGCGGGAGGAGCGGGAGCGCCUGGUGAGGAUGUAUUUUGACAAGUAUGUUCUUAAACCAGCCACAGAAGGAAAGCAGCGCCUGAAGCUGGCCCAGUUUGACUACGGGAAGAAGUGCUCCGAGAUUGCACGCCUGACCGAGGGCAUGUCGGGCCGGGAGAUCUCCCAGCUGGCCGUGGCCUGGCAGGCCAUGGCGUAUGCCUCCGAGGACGGGGUCCUCACCGAGGCCAUGAUGGACGCCAGGGUCCAGGACGCCAUCCAGCAGCACCGGCAGAAGAUGCAGUGGCUGAAGGCCGAGCGCGCCAGGCCCGAGGGCAGCCAGCCCCCGCUCCCGAGGGCACAGACGGAGUGAGCUGGCCUGGACCCUGGGGACCCCGGGGUGCACUGGCUAGGCAGCAUCGAGAGGCAGCACGAGGUGCCGUGUUUCCCGGAGGUCGUGGGUGCUGCACAGCUGCUGCUGCCUCCCAGGGUUUCAGUCUUCCUCUGGUCAGGCCAGGGCAGCAUUCCAGGAGGACAGCUGCGGCUCCGGUGUCUGUGAUGGGAAUCUGCCCCUCCACGCUGUGGUUGUGGCUGGAGAGCAUCAGGCUGGGGCCACGCCUAGGACACCCCUGGGAGAGGUGUCUCCAGCCAGGCCCAGGGCAGGGGGAAGGCACAGGUCUCUGGCGGCUGGCUGCUGCUGCUGUGACCUGCAGUGGGCGGAGCCUGACCUUGCCCGGUCCCACCCAGACCUGAACCCAGCGAGGGCUGAGCGGAGCAGACCCCAUGGUGCCCUGCCCGCCUCUGACGUGCACAGCUUUCUGCCCUUGGGUACCAGGUGGGGCUGCACCUGAGACGAGACCCCGACCCGCUGGGGCGCUGCCCCAGCCCAGAUGGCCUGCAGCCCUACCUCUAAUGGAGCUGGGUGUUUUUGUCCAGAAUCUAAUAAAAAACUGAC